CACAGGAUCAGCCUGAGUCAACUUGACUCAGUGGGCACCCCAUAGGGAAUGCUGAGAAUGUCUUUCUUUCUGGUGACUGUCAACAUACUUCUUCUUGUUCAUGAUGCUGUGUUGAUAGAAGAGUUACAGGGCCACCUUUUCACUGAUAUUACCCUCUCCUGCCAUUUCUCCUUUGUGGAGGGCACAGAAAACCUUGAGUUUUCUUGGGAAAGAGAAGACAUCCAAGAGGAAUAUGAGGUAGAAAAUGAUGAAGAAUAUUACCGCUUCUUUAAGUACUAUGAUUUUUUUGAAGUUUUCUCAAAGCUGGUUUACCAGUUUCGCUAUAACACAGACCAACUUGAGGACCAAAACUCCUUAUAUAAGGGACGAGUCUCCGUGGAUCGAGCUGAAAUUUCUGAGGGGACUCUAUCACUUUUACUAAGAAACGUGGAUUUCCUGGAUGAAGCUAUCUACAAGUGCUCAACCAUCACACCACAUGAAAGAGACUCUGAAAUGCCCCAGGUGCAGUUUGGUAAGAUUGAUGAUGAAGAUAUGGCCACGUGUGUCUCCAGAGGCUGGUACCUCAUGCCCAAUGUGACCUGGCUGGACCGGGCAGAGAGGGACCUGAGCAACCACAGUACCGUGGCGGUCCUGGAGGAGCAGAUGAAUGGCUUCUACAGGGUCUUCUCCGUCCUGAAAUAUCCUGUCAAGCUGAAUGAGAAAUAUGCCUGCUGCAUAACAGAAACCGACGCGAACAACCAGCCCUUCAGAAUCAUCCGCAAGUACCCGAGUGAGGAGAAAGAAUCCUCCUACAUCUGACUACUAUUAAGAGAUUUAAAUCACAUCCGCCCAAGAACCACUGUCUUGCCUGGAGCGCCUGGUUUUCUCCUGUGGAUGAUAUCCUUCUUGUCUUAGGCUCCUAUUUGCCGUAAACAGAAAAAGUCAGCAGGUAACAGGAUCAGUGUGUUGGAUGUUGACUAAAAUUAUAGGAGCUCCCCUAUUUUGUCUUUCUUAAGUCCUACGUUGAAGUCUUGUUUCUUUCUCUCUAAUGCUGUUUUAUUUGUACGAUUUACUUUUAUUUGACCUGUGCCUCUGGCAU